AUGGCGGACAUGAUGAAGGACCUCAAGGACUUUGCGCAGGAGUACUACCUGUCGAUCUUGAAGGAGAUCACGCACCCGCCGCGCGUCGCCGUCGGCGCGGGCGACCUGGGCCCGUCCCUCUUCCGCGUCGCCCCGGACGCGGAGGGCUUCCGCGAGGACUGGUGCGUCGCCAACGAGCGGGGCCUGGACCUCGCGGUGUCCGUCUGGCAUCUAAGGACACCGUGCCGCGGCGUCGUCCUCUACGUCCACGACGUCAUGGGCAACCGCUCCGCGGCGCUGGAGCUGCUCGGCCCCUUCCUUGCCGCGGGCUGCGCCGUCGCCGCGCUCGACACGACGGGCUGCGGCGCGUCCGGCGGCAGCCACGUCACGCUCGGCUUCUUCGAGCGCUACGACGUCGCGUGCGUGGCGGCAGAAAUCCGGAACCGCUACGGCGUCGGCGGCCCCGGCGAGGCGCCGCUCAUCCUCUACGGCCGGGGCGCGGGCGCCGUCGCGGCCCUCCUCUUCGCGGACCGGGCCGACCACGACGCCGCGUGCGCCGCGGAGACGCCCCGCGUCCUGAGCCUCGAGUGCAAGGCGCCGGAAAAGGACCACGCCCUGGCGGGCGCCCGCUUCCAGCCGACGACGAUGUUCUUCAACGUGUCCAAGCCCGCGCUCAAGGUGAAGCGGGUCGACCGCGGGUCGAACGCGGCGAGGGCGGGUUUGCUCCCGGGCGACGUCGUCUGCGGCGUCGGCGACGACAUCUCGCUGCCCCACGGCCACGACGAGCUCCACGCGGACUUCGCCUGGCGCGCCGCCAAGGGCCUGGAUACUACGCUGAAGGUCGCGCGGCCGCGGCCGCUCGCGCCGGACGCCGCGUUCAGAGCGACGGGCGGCGGCGCUUUUCCAAGUUUUUUGCUCCUGGACGCGCCCUGGUGCACGGUGCGCGGCCUCGUCUUCGACGGCAUCGCCGCGUCCAAGUCGGAGAUGACGGACAUGCCCGACUGGAAGCUCCAGGCCCUCGCGACGCCCGUCGUGUCCGCGUCUUUACCGAUCGUGUUGCAUAGCAUCCAGAAACGGACCUUGGCCGACCUCGGCGCCAUCGACGGCCGGCGGACGGCGGGCCGCGUGACCGCGCCGGCGCUCGUGGUCGCGGACACGUCCCUCGCGGAGCGCGCGGCGUCGACGGCGAAGGUCGUCGACGCGCUCCGCCGCGCGGGCGACGUCGUCGUCCUAGACACCGCGACGACGCCGCGACCGGGCGACGCGUCGCUCUUCCCGACGCCCUGCUACCGCGACGACGCGCGCCUCGCCGUGCACGCGGCGCUGGAGACCUUCCUCGGCCCCGACGACGAGCCGCCGAUCCCGGGCCUCGCGGCGCGAAACCGCCCGUGGUCGGAUUACGACGUCGACGAGGACGAGUUGGAGUACGUCUUCGACGCGGGCGGGCCGGGCCGGCCCGAGCGCGAGCACGCCUACGCGGCGACGCCCCCGCCCUGCGUGCUGCGGAAGAAGCCGCCGCGGAAGUCCAUAUCGCGCCGCGUCGCGUCGAAGGCGCGGAAGAUGCUCGGGAGGAAGAAGGAAUGGGCGCCCGACGACUGGCGGCUCCCGCGGGACGCGCCCGCGGCGCCGCGCGCGCCGCCGCGGCCGCCGCCCGUGCCGCCGGCCUGGGUCUUCCACUACGAGUUCGCGCGCCGGGCGCUGGACGAGGACGAGGAGGAGUUCGGCGAGGACCCGCGGAGACCCGCGGAGAGCGGCGAGGACCCGCGGCGGCGAUGA